GCAACCACAUAGCCAGCAUUCGAGCCACCCCGCCCACCAUGUCCAAGUCAGAGCUCAAAGACGAGAAGAAGAAGCGCAAGAGACAGGAGGACGGAGCUGUCGACGUGGCCAAAAAGUCCAAGAAAUCCAAGAAGUCUACUGAUGCUGCCGCCGAGGACCCGUCAGUUGGAGACGCAAGCAAGGAGAAGAAGGAAAAGAAAUCAAAGCAGGCGAAGAAGGGCGGCUCCAGCGAGGAUGCGGCGCCUGCUGCCGACGGCUUCAUAGCCUUCGACGACACGCCUAUGCCCGACGCAUUUGCCGGAGCCAUGAACGGCACCAUUUCUGGGGACGAGCGCAAGAAGGAGAAGAAGAAGGAAAAGAAGGAGAAAAGUUCAAAGAAGUCAAAGGACGCCGUUGAGGAUGAGGCCGAGAGCGCGAGUGUGGAGGCACCGGCGGAGAAGUCCAAGUCCAAGAAGGACAGGAAGUCCAAGGACAGCAAGGCAGACGCCGAUCCCGUUGAGAGCGCUGCCGCGGUCGACUCCUCGUCUGAAAAGAAGGACAAGAAAUCGAAGAAGGGCAAGAAAGAAAAGAAGGCGAAGAAGAGCAAAGGAGUGGACGAGGUUGCUGAGCCCAUGGAUGUAGAUGGCGCGGCCGAGGAGACUCCCGGCAAAAAAUCCAAGAAGGACAAGAAAUCGAAGAAAGAGAAGAAGUCCAAGAAUGACCCUGAGGAUGCCUCUGAAGAGGUAGAGUCAACGCCUGCAGCGAACGACACCGACGACCACGACGAGCAAGCAGAGGGCGAGGCGAAUGGCGCAGCGGAUGACGCCAGCCAAAAAGGUCCCUUCAUCGUCUUUGUUGGCAACCUCCCCUUUAGCACCACAAAAGAGCAGAUCGAAGAGCACUUCGCAAAGCUCAAGCCUUUCGAAGUCCGUCUUCGCACUUACAAGGAUACCGGAAAAUCUAUGGGCUGCGCCUUCAUUCAGUUUGAGCGCUUCGACCACAUGCAGACCGCGCUGCUAAAGUUCCAUCACUCCGUUAUUGAUGACCCCAAGAAGAAGGAGGGUCGCAAGAUCAACGUCGAGCUAAGUGCCGGCGGAGGCGGCAACACUGAAGCCCGCAUGGCGAAGAUCAACGCCAAGAACGAGAAGUUGGCGAACGAGCGUCAGCGCAACCAUGAGAAGCGCGCCGAAAUAGAGGGCAAGCAGGCAGAGCGCAAGGCGAAGAAGGAAUCGCAGAAGGGCAAGGACGGCAAAGACGGCGAGGCCGGUGGUGAAGGUGCAGCUGAGGAGCCAGAGAACGCCGGCAUUCACCCUGCGCGACUCGCGAUGUUGGCUCAGCCAGAGAGGCCGCAGAAACAGUUCAAGCCAAACAUGGGUAACGUGCCCAAAUGGAAAGGUGGGCCGCCCGCGAGGGGGCCUAAGAGGUACUGAGUCCGCCUAAAGAUGUAGGCGCAAGAUGUGAAGGCAUCAAAAGGAGUUUGGAUAGCCAUCGGCUUGCUUACAGCAAUUGAUCGCAUAUACG